AUGACGGGCACAAACAACAUCAGAGGCCUCAUGGGCAAGGGUGUCCCGCCGACGCCGUCCUUCUUCGCCAUCGUCCGCGUCGCCGUCUUGGUGCUGUCGCUCGCCGUCCUCGCCGCUUGCGCCUACUGCCUGUCCCUACUGGGCGCCUAUUCGAGCAGCUACACCGGGCCGCCAGGCUUCAUGCUCUUCGUCAGCCUCUUCACCAUCCUGGUCCUGGGCGGCGCCAUGGCCGCCGAGCGCUUCGCAGCGCACCUCUACUUCCGCAUUGCCGUGCUCAUUGGCUACGCCACCAACUGCCUCUUUUGGUUGUCUGGCUGGGCGUGGACCGCGAGCAUCGCGGCGCUGUUCCUGGGCAACACGUGCAUUCAGAGCACCUGUUUCGCCCCCACGACGGAGGAGAAGCGGUACGGUGGGAGCAUGGCCGGUGCCGCGGCUGUCGGUGCUGUUAACUGGUAUGUUGAGAUCUUGCAGCGUGUGGAUCACGUGAAGGUGCUGAUGGUCAUCGUGCUGUUUUACUACGUCAAGGGAUGCCUGGCGGAUCCCGACUGCUAUGGUGUCUCGACUGGUCAUGGUUCUGAGAUGGGCAGCAUCAAGGCCGAGAGCAAGUCGCGCUCUCAGCCGUCUGCCAACGAGCCGUGA